AUGUCUGUCCUGUUUAUACCGGUCGACUCUGUCGGUCAUGUAAACUCUUGUAUCGGUAUUGGUCAACAAUUGACCAGAUCGGGACAUAAGGUUACGUUUAUGAUUACACCUCAAUGGACGGGAAAAUUGGAAAAAUACGGUUUUCAAGAGUUACACUAUAAUAUACGUGGCGAUACAAUAAGUGCCGAUGAAGAUCCGGCCAAACUGUGGGCAAAAACAGUCAAAGAUGAGGGAUGUUUUCUGGAUGAACCCACCAUUAAUAAGAUGGUCGGCAUUAAGACCUUGAGAUUUAAAGAGUUUUGUCAAAUGGCCCGCCAAUUGGAUCCCAUUAUUGUGGAUAAUAUUGCUACAGUCAGACCAGAUUUGAUAGUAUUAGACCAGAUUGUUGGCUAUCCAGCAGUUGAACAGUCGGGUGUGCCAUGGAUUUGGUCGUGCAGUUGUAAUCCAUUGUUUUUGUUUGAUGACAUCCGGACACCACCAUUUGGAUCAGGUUAUUCAAUAAACGGUAACAAAAAUCAAUGGCAAAUAUAUAGGCAAACUGUUAACGACGCAACCCGUCAACAAUGGCAACAGUUUAACGACUAUUUUAAUAGUAAAGGCUGUAAACCAUUAGCCGAUUGUGAAUACUUUCAUCUGUCGCCAUAUUUGAAUAUAUAUCCCUUUCCCAUUGAACUGGACUACACUGAUAUUAGACCAUUGCCUACAAAUGUCCAUAGAUUUGAUAAUUUUAUGCGAAAUGAAAAGAUAGAUAAGUUUGAAAUACCGGAACAAUUGUGUGACAAACCGGGAAAACUCAUCUACUUUUCAUUGGGAUCUAUGGGUGCCAUUGAUGUCGACAAUAUGAAACGUCUGGCAACUAUACUAUCGAAAUCAAACAAUAGGUUUAUUGUAUCGAAAGGUCCGCUUCAUAAUGAGUAUGACUUACCCGAAAACAUGUGGGGUCAACAAAGUGUACCACAACUACAAGUACUUCCAUUAGUCGAUCUGGUCAUAACACACGGCGGCAACAAUACUAUUACCGAAACCAUGUAUUUCGGUAAACCUAUGAUUGUUUUACCACUGUUUGUCGAUCAGUUCGAUAACGCACAGUGUGUUGAGGACAGAGGUUUCGGUGUCCGACUAAACCUUCAUUCGUGUACCGAAAAUGAGAUGUUGUCGGCAAUCGAUAAACUAUUAGCCGAUAAUCAAUUGCAUGAAAAGUUGGCUAAUAUUGCACAACGGACUUCCCAACCACAGUACACUGCGUGGGUCGGUAUGAGACCAGUACUCGACACUCCAACUAAUCAAAGUAACAGUUGUCUCGCGUGGGUCCGAUUGAGACCAACAACUGAUUGUAGUAUCAACUGGUCGGCCAGUAAUUGA